UUAUCAAAAGGAAAACUCUAUAAGACUGAACCAUACCAGAAUAACACCAUGUCAGAAGUAGCAAUUCUUUUUGUCAUAUAACAAAUUCACUCAGUGUCUCUUACUUGUUCCAUCAACAUGCGUUCUUACAGUACCACAAUUUUGGCACACUUGUUUGGCAUUCUUGCCAUCAUCCUCUUGCUUGUUUGGUUGCUGCAUUACCGCGAGGGAAUUGAAUAUGAUUCUGACAAUCCACUUCGCGUUUUCAAUGUUCACCCUUUUAUGAUGUUCUUCGGUUUCAUCUUCCUUGUUGGUCAAGCAAUACUGUCAUACCAAACUGUACCAGCACCACAUCAAACACAGAAGGUGGUUCACAUGACACUUCAUUUCAUUGCUCUAAUUCUUGGGAUUGUUGGCAUUUGUGCUGUUUUCAAGUUCCAUGAUAUGGUGAACUUGGAGGAUGUUUACAGUCUCCAUUCUUGGAUUGGCCUUGGCACCUUUUGCUUGUUUGGCUUGCAGUGGCUUUUUGGACUGCUGUUUAUGCUUCCAGCAUCUCCUCAAACAAGAUCCGCGGUGGCUCCAUGGCACAGAGCUGGUGGCAGAGCACUAUUUUCCAUGGCAAUCGUUGCUGCAUUAACAGGCUUGAUGGAGAAGUCCACUGUGUUGAAACUGGCGCCUCACCAGAGAGAAUCUCAUUUGAUUAACUUCACGGGUCUAGCAAUUCUCUUGUUUGGAGUUUUUGUGGAACUAUCAGUUGGAUUGGUUUGACUCACUUUGGGUGUAUUGCAUUGCUCCAAUCCAUAUACAUGAUUCAUCAUCACAAAUUGUAUUGGUCUUACAUUUCUUUCUUUAUUUCUUAAUUUCUAUGUGGAUCUUGUAAUUCUCUUGUUAAAUAACUGGAAAUGGCUUGUAUAAUUUCUUUUUCUUGAUUUCUUUUUGACUCACGUGGGAUGUAAGUUGAUUUAUUGAGGUGGUUUGUUUAUAUACCAAAUAUUAAGUUGAUUCAAUGUUA